AUGACGAUGACGAUGAAAAGUGCCACCAGAUUCUACUACAUCGGUGUCGAUGUCGGCACCGGCUCUGCGCGAGCAGCAUUAGUCGACAAUGACGGCAACAUUCUCGCAGAAUCCACCCAUGCUACCCAAACAUUCCGCCUCGAAUCAGAUGCGCGCAUCUUCGAGCAGUCGACCACCGAUAUCUGGUCUCAGAUCAAGCUGGCCAUUACUCAGGUGGUUGCUGCAUCCAAAGUCGACCCUAGCCUCAUCAAAGGUGUUGGAUUCGACGCAACUUGCUCUCUUGCAGUGACCGAUUUCGAUGGCAACCCCAUUGCAGUCACCCCUCAAUCUCCCACGACAAGUUUCAAUUGGGGACCAGGAGAACGCAACGUCAUCUUGUGGGCAGACCACCGUGCUGAAGCCGAAGCAGCACUCAUCAACUCGACCGGAUCUAAAGUGCUCAACUAUGUCGGCAAAACCAUGUCGCUCGAAAUGGAGAUUCCUAAGAUUCUGUGGUUGAAAAAACACAUGCCAGCAGAACUCUUUGAGCAGUGCAUGUUCUUCGAUUUGCCCGACUAUCUGACAUACAAAGCAACAGGCUCGCUGGCGAGGAGCAACUGCUCCUUGGUCUGUAAGUGCUCCUAUGUCCCUCCGGGCGUUGACGGUUCCGAGUUGGGCUGGCAGCCGGAGUUUUUCGAACAGAUUGGGUUGGGUGAAUUGGUCAAGAAUGACUUUCAGCAGUUAGGCGGUGUUCCGGGUCGCAACGGCAUAGUGCUUACUGCCGGUCAGCCUGUUGGUGAUGGUCUGAGCGCUGAUGUUGCUACCGAGCUUGGAUUAGCACCUGGCACCGCUGUUGGGUCGGCUCUGAUUGAUGCAUAUGCAGGUUGGGUUGGCACCGUUGCUGCACCAGCUACCAAUCCCGUGGAUGAAAGCAAGAACAGCCCAUCGCUCAUCAGCUCGCAGAACCGACUGGCUGCGAUCGCAGGAACUAGCACGUGCUACUGCGUCCAAUCACCCGACGGUAUCCUCGUCGACGGCGUCUGGGGUCCUUACAAACAUGCUGUUUUCCCUGGACUAUGGAUGAACGAAGGAGGCCAGUCUUCCACCGGUCAACUCAUCGACUUUAUCAUCGACACUCAUCCGGCAGCACCAUCGCUUCGCACUCUGGCCUCGGAGACCAACCGCUCGCCUUUCGUCGUUCUCCAUGACAAGAUCGACUCGCUCGCCUCUGAGGCUUCCCUUGCGCAUGCAUCACUGCUUACCAAGGAUCUCUUCAUCUAUCCCGACUUCCACGGAAACCGCUCGCCCCUUGCCGAUUCGAAGAUGAAAGGUAUGAUCACAGGUCUCAAACUCGACCGCUCGCUCGCCGAUCUUGCGCUCAAGUAUUAUGCCACGCUCGAAGCGAUCGCCCUACAAACCCGACACAUUAUCGAAGAGAUGAAUGCCAAGGGCCACAGGAUUGAUUCGAUCUACAUGAGUGGUGGUCACGUCAAGAACCACGUGUUCAUGCAGUUGAUCGCUGAUGUUUGCGAUAUGCCCGUCCAGCUCCCCUUCAGUUCGAGUGCCAGCGUCGUCGCUGGUUCGGCCAUCUUGGGUCGAUUUGCUGCGGAAGUCAAAGAUCCGGACUCGUCUGGCGCAAGUGGUAAAUUCGCACCAACCGAAGCAACGACGAUUAACGAUCAGAAAACAGCAGAGGAGGCCUCAUUCAAGUACAAGGAUCAUCUUUGGGAUCUGAUGGUUAGAAUGACCAAGCCGGGUACAUUGGUCUCCCCGCAAAAGGAUGAGAAGCUGGCCAAGUUGCUGCAAGUCAAGUACAAGAUCUUUCGCGAAUCCAUCACGAUGCAACGCAAGUGGGAGUCCAUGAUUGAUGAAGCGAUCAACUAG